UCAUUUUUAUUUGUAGUAUAUGUUUCAGUUGCAAAACAUACCCAAUGUGACGUAUUAGAUCUGAUAAGUUAAAUAGCGUGUCAUAAAAAUGAUUCAUUUAUAUACAAGUGUUUAUUUUGACCAACUAUUUAGGGUGUAGUGGUCACUCCGACUUAUCUUGUUUGCACACCGUAAAUUGCUCAAUAAGUAUUUCGUUGUUAAGUAUUAAGACGAUGAAAAUCCAACGAUAAAGAUUUUAACAACCAGCACACUUUAUAAAUAUUAAUAGACAAGUCGGUAGGGAGUGAUGUCGACUUAUAAGGUAACUUAUUUUAACGGGAGAGGGAGAGGAGAAUUGACCCGCCUUCUUCUCGUGGCUGCUGGACAAGAAUUUGAAGAUGAAAGAGUAACCAGAGAGGAAUGGCAGAAAUUGAAACCAAAUAUGCCACAAGGAACGUUACCUGUGUUAACGGUGAAUGAUAAAAUGGUACCUCAGAGUGGAGCAAUAAAUAGACACCUCGCUAGGAAAUUAGAUUUGUAUGGUAAAACAAAUGAAGAAAUGACCACGAAUGACAUUGUCAUGGAAACCGUUAAUGAUUUUAGAAAUACGCUAGUCCGGGCGCAUUUUGAACAAGACGAUACAAAAAAGACAGAACUUUUUAAAAAUAUCAAAGAACAGACAGUUCCUAAUUUUGUAAACCAGAUGGAGAAUGUGCUAUGUGAAAAUAAUGAUGGCAGUGGAUUUUUUGUUGGCUCUUCGAUAACCGUUGGAGAUUUAGCCAUAUUGGACGUGAUGGAAGUUGUUGUCGGACUUGUAUUACCAUCGGCAUUGGACCAAUCAGAAAAGUUAAAAGCUCACCGUGACAGAGUAUCAAACUCUCCGAGAAUAAAAGAAUGGUUAGAAACAAGACCAAGAACGGAUAUGUAAUU